GUAGUUUUUACAAGUUACAUUUGAGCUUGUUUGGAUACCUAGAAAAUCCGAGUAAAAUUGGAAAAAAUGGCUUUCAUGGGGGAAAAAAAACAUCUGGAAUCAAUCAAUUCUAAUUAAACUAGUUGGUUACCUGAGUUGAGUUUCUCAUUCUUUUUUGAUUCUUUGGAAGGAAGACAAAAUGGAAUUUGAAACUCAAAUCUUAAUGGCUUUUCUUCACCAACUAAAAUGGAGGGUCACUAGAAAUACCCGUUGUGUUUCUUGGUCAGAAACUUCAUAUUUGAGUGCACUGUUAUAAUAUUGGGAAGAAUUAUAGGAGCAUUAUUAAUGUGAUUCGGCUACUGAGACUUCAUAGGAAGGUGGUUUGGACCGGGUUGGUGUGUAUUCCAGUUUUUUUUUUCUCACUUGUCCUGGUGAAUUCUUAGCAAUGAGACUAGGAUUUAAGCUCAAAAGGUUAUACUUAUCCAUUGUUUCUAACUCUUUUAACUUGUUAUAAUUGAUGAGGAAGAUGAUAGUUUCUUUCCGACCCAUUAUUGGAAAGUUUCUCUUUGAGGCACCAUCAUGCUCUUUCCUUGGCAUCUCUUUCUGUAAGGAUCUGUUUUGGCCCAAAGGGCAGUAAGCAAUAAAGAAGGAUCUUGUAAAAUAUCAGACAGAGAAAACCGAGUGCUAGCAUUUUAUGUUGCUUUUCUUUCAGUAGUAUUUUCUGCAACUAGUGGGUCAUUUUGAAUCAUAAGUUGCAUUCUCAUGUAGUACAAUGGUUUGAAUUUCCACAACAAGAGAUAUUACCCGAUAAUUGUGUACAUCUGCAGAAACAAAGUUCUACUUCAGUAAUUUCUUUGUGAAAUAAGAGAGUAGCAAUUAUUUGAGACCUAACAAGAACUGUAACUUGACUACAUGGGUUUCUGGCUGUGAGCCUGGAUGGGCUUUUAGAGUUGGUCAAAAUCAGCAGGUUAACGUUAAAAAUUCACAGAACAUUCCUACCAGAACUCAUGAUUUUCAAGCUUGUUGUGAGGGUUUCUUCUGCCCUCGUGGUAUAUUGUACCAAAAAUGAUUUAAUAUGACCAUAUAUAGCCAAUUAACAAGAAAAAAAAGAAAAAAAAAUUAUGCACUUAGUCUCUGCCUGCCCGUCUUGCCCUAUACUACUUCUAUUAAUGAUGUUAAUGUAAUUAAAAUUUCCAAAUAUGUUCCUGGGAAAGGUGGCAGUACAUUGUUGCUGUAGUAAUAAAGUCACCUUGCACCAUGUUGAAAUUUGUGCGGAAGUCCAUGACUAGUAGAAAAGAGGCUUACAGUACACAGAAAAGUUGUCAGGGUUAUGUGGAAGUUCUUCACUUUGUUUGUUUGUCAUUGUAUUUUUUUUUAUUUUUUUUUGCUGCAUUCAUGCUAUUGAGUCAACCGAAUUCACUCUUUUAUUUUUCUCCUGUUCUAUUUUUUUUUUCUUCUGUUGUUUUGCAUUCAUGCUAUUGAGUGGAUGAGAUUCAGGACUGGUUUUGAGAUAUUUUGUAAAACGUGUUUAUUUUAAUAUUUGACUUCUUGAUAAAGAAAUCUACCUUCUUUACCAUUUCUGUAUUCUUUAUCGGGCCUUAGUCAAUAGGAUCAAGGGGAUACUCUAGGAUAAAUUGCACCAACUCAUACACAACAGUUAAAUGUCUCUUAAAUGAACUUUUUUCUAUGUUUCUUUAAUGACAAAUCUUGUUAAUUUGGUGAAAUUCCUUUUGAAAAUUUUGUUGUCUUUUGGGUUUUAAAUUGCAGUAAUACAAGUUAGAAGUUGACUAUUUGUAUGCUCAGUUUAGCAUCACAAUAAAUUUUGUCAAAAUAGCCUGUAAUCUUAGUUUUUUUUUCUCUCUCUGGUUGUAAUGGUCCUUCCAGGUUCGUAUCGUUGCUGCUCAAGCUCUUACAACCCUGGCAAUCAGGUGAAUUUAGGUUAAAAGAUGAGUACUCUGGAUGCAACUCGAGCAGAACUUGCUCUUGUAAUUUUGUAUUUGAACAAACCUAAAGCUAGGGAGAAGAUAUGCAAGGCAAUACAAUAUGGUUUGAAAUUUUGGAGUGAUGGACAGCCUGGUACUGCCCAAAAUGUUGACAAAUCAACCAGCUUGGCACGAAAAGUUUUCCAUCUUUUUAAGUCUGUCAAUGACCUGCAUGCUCUUAUUAGUCCAGCUCCUCAAGGGACUCCUCUUCCACUUAUUUUGCUGGGAAAGAGGAUAGGCUGGAAACUCGUGUACGUGGAUCAUGAGAAUGACGUGCUGCUAGUGGGGAUGAUCCUUGGGAGGAGUUUGUGGACUGGGUACACUGCAUCAAGAUCCUUUAUCCUCAAGAAGUCCAGCAGAUGAGGUUGGAUGGAGAUAUUGGUAACAGUUUACUUCAGAAAGAAGUCUGUAACAGUGUACUUCUAGUUUCUCAUGGAUGAUUAGGGAAAGACAUGGACAUUCAUGUAAAGCUCAGCAUGUAUCAGUUUAUGGCAUUGUAUUAAUUUAUGUUUUAUACACUGAUUUUCAAGACCCAAGACCCUAUUUCCAUUGAGAAAUGAUAUUUAAUAUUUCAAACA